AUGCCUAACUGCCAUCCUGGAGGGGUAAACCAGACACAACAUCGCAUCUUUACUUCCUGUCUCCCAGGCUCCGCGGUGAGUGAGCUGGCUUCUGGCAUGGCCGACCCUGACCCUGACCCCAGCAUGGCCCCGGCCAGCGGCAACUCCUGCCUCCCUUACUUCCCGCCCCGCGGGGCCAGCGUGGGGCUCUCCCUGUUCUAUUCGGCUCUCUUGGUCUCCAGCUCCCUGGGGAACAUCCUGGCGCUCUGCCUGGCCCGGCACAAGGGCGAGAAGACCACGUCGACGGGCGUCUACCUGACGCACCUGGCGGUGUCCGACCUUCUGUUCGCGGCGGUGCUGCCCGGGAAGAUCGCCUACUACGCGCGGGACUUCCGCUGGCCGCUGGGGGACGCGCUGUGCCGGCUGACUGCCUUCGUCACCUACCUCAACACCUACGGCGGCGUCUACCUGAUGGGCUGUGUGAGCGCCGACCGCUACCUGGCCGUGGUGCGCGCGCCCCGCUGCGCGCGGCUCCGGAGCCCCAGCCUGGCGCGGCGCGCAUGCGCGGUCGCGUGGGUCCUGGCGCUGCUGCAGACGGCGCCGUUGCUGUUGCUGCCGCUGGGCGGGCGCCUGGUGGGCAGGACCACCUGCAUGGAGCUAGGCCGCGCGGCGCCGGUGCUGCGCCGGCCCGGCUUGGUGCUGGCCGCCUGCGCGCUGGGCUUCUGCGUGCCCGUGGGCCUCAUGUUCUUCUGCUACGCGCGCAUCGCCCAGAGGCUGCGCGCCGCGGCCCGCCGGAGCCCGCCGGGCUCCCAAGGCCACUACCCACGGCGGGCCUGGCGCCUGGCGCUGGCCGUGCUGGUGGUCGUCGUCGGGUGCUUCAGCCCCUACCACCUGCUGGUCAUACAGUUCAUGGCCAGGGCCCUGCUGCGCCCGCCAUCCUGCGCCGAGCAGCAGGCGUUCGCGGGCGCCCUGCAGGUCACCAUGACCCUCAUGAACCUCAACUGUGCCAUCGACCCCGUCAUCUACUUCUUUGCGUCCACGCGGUACAGGAAAUGGCUCCUGGGCUUUUGGAAACUCAGAGCCUCCUCGCCCCCAGGAAAGGCGUCCUCAGAAACAGCUAGUGUCAACCAGACACGAGGCUCUGUGUCCCCAGGCUUUGUGGCAGAGGUUGGGGUCUAG